AUGAAAGUCUUAGGAAUGAGGUGUUCGCAGCCGCCGCCGCGCCGCUGUCAAUUCUCCAACGCCCGAGGUCUCUAUACCGUGGCUCAUACAAAGCAGACUGCCCGCAAAUCUACCGGUGGUAAAGCACCCAGGAAGCAACUGGCUACAAAAGCUGCUCGCAAGAGUGCUCCCUCUACUGGAGGGGUGAAGAAACCUCAUCGUUACAGUCCUGGUACUAUGGCACCCCGUGAAAUUAGACGUUAUCAGAAGUCCACUGAACUUCUGAUUCACAAACUUCCCUUCCAGCGUCUGGUGCAAGAAAUUGCUCAGGACUUUAAAACAGAUCUGCGCUUCCAGACCACAGCUAUCAGUGCUUUGCAGGAGGCAAGCGAGGCCUAUCUGGUUGGCCUUUUUGAAGACACCAACCUUUGUGUUAUCCAUGCCAAACGUGUAACAAUUAUGCCAAAAGACAUCCAGCUAGCAGGCCUCCUACGUGGAGAGCGUGCUUAAGAAUCCACUAUGAUGGGAAACAUUUCAUUCCAAAAAAAAAAAAAAAUUAUCUUCUCCUGUUAUUGGUAGUUCUGAACGUUAGAUAAUUUUUUUCCCAUGGGGUCAAAAGGUACAUAAGUAUAUGAUUGCGAGUGGAAAAACAGGGGACAGAAAUCAGGUAUUGGCAGUUUUUCCAUUUUCAUUUGUGUGAAUUUUUAAUAUAAAUGUGGAGACGUAAAGCACUGAUGCAAGUUAAAAUGUUUCAGUGAACAAGUUUCAGCGGUUCAACUUUAUAAUAAUUAUAAAUAAACCUGUUAAAUUUUUCUGGACAAUGCCAGCAUUUGGAUUUUUUUAAAACAAGUAAAUUUCUUAUUGACGGCAACUAAAUGGUGUUUGUAGCAUUUUCACCAUACAGUAGAUUCCAUCCGCUCACUGUACUUUUCUGAGUUGUCCUACAUGCACGUACAUGUUUUUAAUGUUGUCUGUCUGUGCUGUUCCUGUACGUUUGCUAUUAAAAUACAUUAAACUAAAGAAAAGAAAAGAAAGUCUUAGGAAUGAAAAGAAAUGCUAGAAAUGAAAAAUGCCUUUGAUGGACUUAGCAGUGAACUUGGCAUGGCUAAGGAAAAUGUCUCUAAGCUGGAGGUUAUCUCAAUAGAAACUUCCAAAACUGAAAAAAAUAAAGACGAAUGAGAAUACCAGAAGAAAAGAAACAGAAUAGGCCUUGUGUGGUGACUCACGCCUGUAACCCCAGCACUUUGAGAGGCCCAGGCGGGUGGAUCACAAGGUCAGGAGAUCAAGACCAUCCUGGCCAACAUGGUGAAACCCCGUCUCUACUAAAAUACUAUAUAUAUGUGAAACCUAACCCCAGCUCUGCUUAAAAUUAACUAAUUCCCCUGUAAAACCUACCUUAUCUAUUCUCCCCACAUUCUAAGCAAAUUUCCCAGGCAUUUCAAGACUCCCGUUUUCCUUGCUGCCUGGCUGCAAGGUCACAGGGCAGAUAACACCUGAAGAAUGUACAGUGCGUUUCUCAAAAUGCUAGUUUUCAAAUGUAGUGUACAUUACAAAACAUGUUACAAAUUAACUGUUCUUUGUUCUGGCUUCUGUUUUUUUUUUUUUUUUUUUUCUUGAGACAGAGUUUCGCUCAGCCUGGGUAAUACCCAGUAUGGAGUGCAAUGGCGCGAUCUCGGCUCACUGCAACCUCUGCCUCCUGGGUUCAGGCAAUUCUCCUGCCUCAGCCUCCCGAGUAGCUGGGACUACAGACACGCGCCACCAUGCCCAGCUAAUUUUUUGUAUUUUUAGUAGAGACGGUGUUUCACCAUGUUGACCAGGAUGGUCUCGAUCUGUUGACCUCGUGAUCCACCCGCCUCGGCCUCCCAAAGUGCUGGGAUUAUAGGCGUGAGCCACCGCGCCCGGCCUCUGGCUUCUGUUAACCUGCUAGCUGCUACAUCAUCCUGGAUGUAUAAAAAGUACCCCGGUUUCUUUCUACUUUGCGCAGCCUUGGGACCCUAAUCUGCUGAGCUGGUGCCACUUUAAUAAAAUCCUCCUGUCUCACCCACUGGUCUCUCCAGUCUCCUGAAUAUUCUGCAGCACUUCAGCACAAUAUUGAAUUCAAAAGUCAUAGCAGUUAUCAUUGUCUUCUACUUGAUUUCUAAAGAUUCACCGUAAAGUAUUGUGGUUAUUUUGUAGGUAUCCUCUGCAAGUACUAGGAUCUCUCUUAUUCCAACUUGGCUGAGAAGUUGUAAAAUUUUUAAUGAAUACUGAAUUUUAGCAAAUGAUUUUUCUGUAUUUGUUGAAAUAAUCAUAAUUUUUCUCCUUCACUUAAUAAUGCAAAUUCCUUAAUAGAUUUGUCUCUUGUUACACAAUCGUUAAGUUCCUGGGAUGUAUUCAACUCAGUCAUGAUUUAAAAUACAUUGCAGGAUUUCAUUCCCUGAUAUUUUAUUUAGGAUUUUGGAAUCCAAGGUUAUAAACGGAAUUGUUUGAUAAUUUGCAACUCUCAAUAUUUUAUUUUAUUGGUUUCAAGAUAUCCUACCCUCAUAAAAUAAGCUAGAUAAUUUGCCAUCUUUUUCUGUUCCCUAAAGCAGUUUGCACGAAAGAAGGAUUAUCUAUCUAUUUCUUGAAAGUUUGGUAGAAAUUCCUGGAAAGAGUAUGUUGUGUAGUGUUUUGUAGGUAGACUUCUUUGUAGGUAGACUUCAUUACUGAUGCAAUGAUUUUUUUUUUUCUUUUUUUUUGAGACAGAGUCCUACUCUGUCUCCCAGGCUAGAGUGCAAUGGUGCAAUCUUGGCUCACUGCAACCUCUGCCUCCCAGGUUCAAGCGAUUCUCCUGCCUCAGCCUCCUGAGUAGCUGGGAUUACAGGUUCCCACCACCAUGCCCAGCUAAUUUUUGUAUUUUCAGUAGAGAAAAAGAUUUCACCAUGUUGGCCAGGCUGGUCUCAAACUCCUUACUUCAAGUGAUUCACUUGCCUCAGCCUCCCAAAGUGCUGGGAUUACAGGCGUGAGCCACU